AUGGCCAAAAAGAGAAAGGCAUCCUCCGCUGGAGCGACCAAGGACGAUGUACCAGAUGACUCCAACAAGCGCACGCGCAUGCGCAUCAAGACGUACGAGGAUGUGGCGGGCUCAGACGACGAGUUCCACAUCAAUCGCGACAAGAUUAUGCUCGACGAUGGUCCGGAGGCAAAAAGGAGAAGAAAGGUCCAGGAAGAUGAGGAAUUCCUCGAACUGUCCGACGAAGAAGUUCUAGGAUACUCGAGCCCUUCGGAAGCCGAAGACGACGACGAGGACGAGGAUUUGGAGCAAGCACCAGCCAAGAAGUCAAAGAAAGAUGCACAGGAUGAGGAGGAUGAUGACGAAGACAUGGGCGCAUGGGGUGAAUCCAAGCAAGACUACUACAACGCCGACGCCAUCGAGACGGAGCAAGAUGCACUGGACGAAGAGAAGGAAGCUCUGCGCCUGCAGAAGAAACAGCUCCAGGCCAUGAGCGCUGCCGACUUUGGAUUCGACGAGGCCGACUGGCAACAAGAUGAGGAGGAGGAUGCACAAGACGGCGAGAUUGUCACAGAAGUUCUACCUCAGCUCGAGCUGGACGAGAAGAUGACCCCCAAGGAACGCCUGAAGCUUCUCAAGACACGCUACCCAGAGUUUGAGCCUUUGAGUAAGGAGUUGCUCGCCCUGCACCAGACAUACCAGGACCUCUCCGCCGUCGAGACGCCAUCACUCGCUGUUCACACCAAGCAGCAAGCAGCUGCCGCAUAUCUCGCCUCUCUGACCAUGUACUUCGCUCUUCUUACGUCGACCGCCCAGGACUCGCAAACCAAGGGUCUCGCUCUUUCUGCAACCGCCAUUCGCGACCACCCCGUUAUGGAGAGUCUGAUACAAUGCCGCGACCUCUGGUCACGCCUGAAGGACUUGCCGGAGGAUGAUUCAGAAGACGAGUCCGCACUGAAUGGAGCCGAAGAGGAAGAGAUGAGCGAGUCAGAAGAGGAAGCCCCCGUCACCAUCCUCCCCAAGAAGACCAAGAAAACCGCCGCCGAACGCGCAGCCGACACCGUCACAGCAGCAGCCGAAGCCCGCCGUGCCGAACGCCUACGCAAGACCGAAGCAGACUUUGGCGACCUCGACGCCCUCCUCACCUCCCGCCCCAAGAAAUCCGCCUCCAAGAAGAAGUCAGCAGCAGCAAUCGACGAGAACGACUCUGAUCUUGGUGAAGACAAUUCGCUCACCGCAGAAGAGCUGGCGGAAAAGGCCAAGCGCAAGAAGUCGCUCCGUUUCUACACUUCGCAAAUCGCACAAAAGGCAAACAAGCGUGGUGCAAAGGUCCAGGGUGGAGACGAGGAUGUACCGCAUCGCGAGCGUCUGCGCGACAGACAGGCCCGUCUCAAUGCCGAAGCAGAAGCAAGAGGCAAAAGCUUCGACCGGGACCAACUGGGCGAAGACAGCGAGGACGACAAUGACCGUGCUGUUGCCCGUGAAGUACGCGGUGAGAAGGGCAUCGACGACGAGGAAGACUACUACGACAUGGUUGCCUCGAAAGCAGCCAAGAAGAAGUCAGACAAGGCUGCCGAAGCCGCUGCUUUCAGAGAAGCCGCAGCUCAAGGUGGUAGGGUUAUCGAGAAGGAAGAGGUCGGCCCCGACGGCAAACGAGCCAUCACAUAUGCGAUUGAGAAGAACAAGGGUCUUACGCCGCACAGAAAGAAGGAUGUACGCAACCCGCGUGUCAAGAAGCGCAAGAAGUUCGAGGAGAAGAAGAAGAAGCUUGCUUCCAUCAAACCCGUGUACAAGGGUGGUGAAGGAAAGGGUGGUUACGGUGGUGAACUCACAGGUAUCAAGAAGGGGUUGGUCAGGAGUACCAAGCUCUGA